AUGACAAAUGAAUAUUGCUUGAGGUGCUCAGACAGAGGCUUCUUCGACAAGCUGACCAGAGCUGGAGCCGCUCAUGCAGACGGGAAGUACAAGGACUGCACUGCUUUGGCAUGCUUCAUCGACUGCAACCACAGUCUAGUGGUUGCCCAUGGAGCGACCAUUCUCGUGGUAGCUCUGGCCUACAUUUCCAUCUCUAGGCAUGUAAAAGAAGCCACUAGUGCUGCUGUGUCCAGCAACAUGUACGCGUCGCUGGACCACGUCGCCAUCGGCAUGCAGGCUAUCCUGGCAGCCAACCAUUCCGCCUUCGUAGUUGCAGACAAUCUAGCGGCUACGAGCAACAUGAAUCGCUUAUCUCGCGUGGAACAAAACUUGUUCAUGGCGUUCGCAAUGCAGCCGCACGUGGCUGAGAUGUCAUACACCAGCAUCGACGGCUCCUCCUUCACCUACUACCGUGGCAAGGACAGCCGGCCCAGAAAGAUGUUCAUCAGCAACCGCGGCAAGUGGUACAAGCAGGCCGUUGAUCCGGUGACCGGUGUCCCCGUCGGAUCCGUCACGGCAAUGCCACCGCCGAAGCGCCUGCCAAACGCCGCACGGGCUCUAGCGGACGCCAAGAGCAGCUCACUGGUGGCCCUCGGGGCCGGGUUGGCCCGCCCAAGCAUCCAGAUGGUGGUUUUAUCCGCACCAGUCGGUGACGCCGGCGUGGUCUUCGCCUCCGUCCCUAUUAGGGACGUUCUACCGAUCGUCGAUCGGGCCGCUGUAGGCUUCGGCUCCGUGGACGCAUACUACUCGAUCAUCGACACUAAGCACAACACAUCUACAGGUUAUAAACCUUUGGUCGUUGGUUCUGACGCGAAAAAGAAGAUGGAGGAUCUGUUCUCAGAUAUCAAAUGCACCGCGUCCACCUUUGAAGCUCCCAAGCUAGAGCUCCAUAACGUUCGGAUCGGGUCCCACCAAAGGGAGUACAGAGUCGCGUGCACGAGCUUCAACCUCUCCAUAGGAGUACACCUGGGACUCCGGCUGGUGUGGCAAAAGGAGGCUAUGUUUCCCGAGAUAGGGGUGGCAGUGGUCUCUGUCGUGUGCUUGCUCGCGCUCAUGGUGGUUGUGGCGUGCUUCUUCAUGGCACGGGCGUUGUGGCGGUCGGGGUCGCGGGAGGCAGCGCUCCAGGGUGAGCUCAUGAGGCAGAAGGAAGCGCUCCAGCAGGCAGAGCGCAAGAGCAUGAAUAAGAGCAACGCAUUCGCGUCCGCCAUCCACGACAUCCGCUCCUCGCUUGCCGCCGUCGCUGGACUCAUCGAUGUCUCCCGAACGGAGGCGCGAGCAAAUCCCAACCUCACCUACUACCUCGACCAGAUGAAGAUUGGCACCAACAAGCUCUUUGAUAUACUUAAUACCAUACUAGACAUGGGCAAGGUGGAGUCCGGGAAGAUGCAAUUGGAGGAGGUGCAGUUCAGCAUGGCUGACGUCCUUGAAGAAUCCAUGGACAUGGCGAACGUCGUCGGUAUGUCUAGAGGCAUUGAGGUGAUUUGGGACCCCUGUGACUUCUCUGUUCUUCGAUGCGAUGUUGUCAUCGGUGACUGCAAGCGCUUCAAACAGAUCCUCGACAACCUUCUUGGAAAUGCCAUCAAGUUCACGCACGACGGCCACGUCGUGCUCCGCGCCUGGGCCAACCGCCCUAUCGUAGUUGAUACAGGUGUUGGGAUCCCAAAGGAAAAAAGGAAUCUGUGUUUGAAAACUACGUUCAGGUAA